GUAAUGCAAGCCUAAGAGGGGAUAUAUCUGAGACUUUGUUGUAUCUGAGAAAUCAGAAAUAUUAUACUAAGUAUUAUAAUAUUUCUCAAAAAUCCACAGAAAAGAAAAUAAAAUGUACGGAAGGUCUGUUUUUAUGA